UGACGAUACGAGUAUUGUUCAUACUAAUGAAGCUUAGGGGUCAUGCGCUCUCGAGAAGAGCCUCAAUGCAGCAACUCGAGAAGCCAUCUAUGUCAUCGUGGUUUUGUCAUCGAUGAAAGAUAGGUAACUCCGCCGGACCGACUGUGAACCUGUGCUUAUGAUUGCAACUCCGUCUAUUCAAGGUUUAUUUACUUCAUCGAUUCCUACUCCAAAAUGACUUCAAAGGGAAUCGAAAUCGGCAAUCUCAACGAAUCCGCGAAAGUCAUCCCGACGGACAAGCCCUAUAUACUGACCAACAUGAUGAGAUUCCACGAAACAGCACAAUAUGCGCCAGACUUCCCGGGCAAGGCGCAACUUUCGGGUCGCGAAGCAUACCUCAUUUACAAAGACGCAUUCCUGGCACGAGCCGCGGAACUUGGUAUCACUGCGGUCGAGUUCGUCUUCCUGGGUCAAGCACAUACAAACCUGGCACUUGGACCACACCAUGGGGAGAGCUGGGACUUGAUUCUGCUAGUCAGGUUCCAGAACUUUGCUGCAUUUCGAACCGUUCUUGAAGAUAAGGUCUACCUCAACGAAAUCACCCCUCAUCGGCUAGCUGCAAUGCAAGAUUUCAGAUCUUUUGCUGUCACAGAGUUGAGUGGAUUUUGAAACGGGAAUCAACCUCCACAGCAUAACAUGUUGGUAAACGACCCUGCGCUCCGGGAAUUGGCACUCGUACAUUCUUACCGUCUCUCAGAGAACCGUGGAACAAAUCUGAAACCAGAUGGGAAUGAAUUAGCCAGACGAAACUCGGUAGCAGAGAUCUCUGUUGAAGGGUGGUGAGAGUAUAUCGAAUCCGGUGUGGCCGCGGUCCGUCGGCCGAGGCGUCCAAUCAUGGGCGAGGAAGCCUUGUUUUCUCAUCCGGCAAGGCUGAGACCCUUUUUCUCAAUCCAUAUGAUUACACAACCACAACCCUAAUACAUCUUGCUC